AUGCCAGUCCGCCUGGUGUGCACUGGCGAGGCGUACAUAUUUCUUCGCAUCCCUGAUAAUGACCCUUCCGCAGUUCUCUACUACCUGUCCGUGCCGGAGGAGGACGUCGGGCCAACCAUGGGACGGGCAGGUGACCUGUAUGAUGACAACAGCCUGCUUUCGACCACAAUAGGCCAGUUAUUGGCUUUCCCCGAGGCCCUAGUGGAUAGCGGUGGUAGCGGUGCGUACAUCUAA